AUGGGAUCAGCUCCAGGAAGCGGCACCCUGCUACUAAUAUUUAUCCAAGUCACGUCUAGGGCCUUCACAUUUAUCGGUAAUCAAUUUCUGCUUCGCUUCCUUUCGCCAACCUUGUUGGGCAUUUCGGUCCAGCUUGAGUUGGUUUCCGUCACCAGUCUCUAUUUCGCUCGAGAUAGUCUCCGUGUAGCUCUACAGCGAGCCCCUCCCAAUCGGGAAGAUGGCAACACGGCCCAAAAGAGCGUCGUCAAGAGUGGUGUCCAGACGCAGAUAGUAGUCAACCUCUCCUACCUCGCCGUCGCGUUGGGAGUGGUUGUAUCUGUCAUUUUCGGGUGGUCUUAUCUCGCAUCCGCUCCAUCCGAGGCUCUGAACACUCCAUACUUUGAUAUUUCGUUCAAGAUUUAUAUUUUGGCCACCCUGGCUGAAUUGGCCGCUGAACCAAGUUUCGUUGUCAUUCAGCAAGAGGCCCUAUAUCAAGACAGAGCCCGAGCUGAAACCCUGGCCGCCAUGGCUCGAUGUAUUGUCGCUUGUCUCACAGCUCUGCUGGGACGUGCAAAGGGAUGGUCACCCUCGAUCCUUCCUUUUGCUACCGGACAAGCCGCCUAUGCUGUCAUCCUCUUUACACUAUAUCUCAUUCCGGUCCUACAGUCCUCGAGAAAAAAUCAUUUUCAUUUGAUGCCGCGUCUCAUGUCACCCAUCUCGACCUCGAAUUCAUCCGAAUCAUCAACGUGCCCGCCGUCAACAAGCGUUAGCUCACCAUAUUAUCUCUCCCUUCUUCACAUCCCUACACUUCACCUCGCCGCCACAAUGUAUAUGCAAUCCGUCUUCAAGCUUCUUCUCACCCAGGGAGAUGCGUUUGUCCUCUCACUUUUUUCUAGCCUGUCCGACCAAGGUGCCUUUGCCCUGGUAUCCAACUACGGAGGUCUUCUCGCCCGCUUAGUUCUCCAACCUGUCGAGGAGAGCAGUCGCAAUGUUUUCGGGCGACUGUUGUCUUCGAUUCCAGUCUCGUCUACAACGAGUACCAUGACUGAGCGAAAAUCUUGGUCAAAAGAUCACGAUUCAAAAUCGAAGGCGCUGAAGCAUCUGACCACAGUUCUUCGAAUCUACCUCCUCGUCACGCUCCCUCUCCUUUCGAUCGCUCCCGCUAUUCUUCCGUGGCUCACUCCUUACUUGCUCCCGCCCACCUGGCGUUCUCCUGCCACAACUUCUCUAUUGAGCUGCUAUGUCUAUUAUCUACCCCUUAGCGCCAUCAACGGGAUCCUUGAUGCAUUUGUCACCAGUGUUGCCACUCCCUCUCAAUUGAGGAGACAGAGCCUGUGGAUGGCCGCCUUCACCUGCAUCUACGCUGGUGCAGCAUGGAUAUUCCUCUCGAAAUUCGAUAUGGGGGCCCGUGGAUUGGUCUUGGCCAAUACGGUGAACAUGGGAGCGCGGGCGUUUUGGGGUCUAAGAUUUGUCUGGCACUGGGUCCAGGAGAACAGAGACGCGGCCAGGUUAGGGGCCGAGGAGAGCAAGGGGGCCACACCCAACGUGUGGAGAGAUGCAUGUCCGAACAUUGCCAGUGUCUGUGUCGCCAGUGUCGUCGGUGUCGUGGUCACUGGGCAUGGAAUACUGUGGGAUCGCAAUGGGUCAAUGUCGGUAUCGCAGCAAUGGGGCGGCAUCGGGGCGGGUACAGUGUUAUUGGCAACAUCCAUCGUCAUCACCGAAGGCGAUUUCCUGGUUCAGCUCCUGCGAGACCUUGUACCUCCUCGCCUUGUGGCGCGUAUCCCAUAUUUGCAGCCGGAUCGCAAGUGA